UACAACGUGCGUCAUGUUUGUGUGCUGUCUGCCCAGCCCAAAACUGUCCUAACACAAGUAACCUGAACUGUUCAUCACUGUUUAGAGGUAAACAUUUAGCCUUGCUACUAUAAAGAGACCAUUCAAAAGCUAAGACAAUGAGUUAGGGAUACAUUUAAUCAAAUAGAAAAAGGGCGAGAAAGUGGGGCAGACUGGAAGAGAGAAAUCAUAUCAUAUUGAUGCACACUUCUACCUACUUCUUGCCAAACUCCUGAAUAUCUACAUAGAAAGCUCUGCAGCAGACUCAUCUCUUACAUCUUAAAAAUGCCCUGGUCGCUAAGUCAGUUCCUAAGACGCUACGUGACACGCCGCCGAAAUAAGCAAAUCCGUUUGAUAACCAAAGACGGACACUGUAACAUUAAACAUGGCAAAAUGAAAUACAGCACCUGCUUCGCCUACAUGCAUGACAUCUGGUCCACCUGUGUGCAGAUUCGUUGGUAUUCCUUAACAUUCUUCUAUGUGGCCUCCUUCAUUUUCAGUUGGUUUAUCUUCACACUUAUCUGGUACUGGGUUGGCCGUAAUAAUGGAGACUUGUGGUGGCAAAACCAAACAGCUAAUCACAGUGCAUGUGUACUUAAUCUCUAUGACUUAAAAACUGCAUACCUCUUUUCAGUGGAAACACAGCUGACUAUUGGCUUUGGCUAUAGAGUGAUUACCCCAUAUUGCCCUAGUGCAAUUGCUGUCUUCAUGGUUCAGGUUCUUGCUGGUAUCGUCAUUGCCUGCUUCUGGUGCGGUGUACUUAUAGCCAAAAUUUCCUUGCCCAAGAAAGUAGCCAAAGCCGUCACUUUUAGCGAGACGGCUGUUAUCUGCUUUAAACAGGACACGCUCAGUUUACAGAUACGUGUGGCCAACAUUCGCAAAAGCUUGCUGCUCGGCAGCCAAAUCUACGGCAAGCUGAUUAGGACAAGAGUCACACCUGAAGGAAAAACCUUCAUUAUGGAGCAGGUCAAUAUUGACUUCCUGGUGGAUGCUGGGAAGGACAACUUGUUCUUUGUCUGCCCCUUAACCUUAUAUCAUGUCAUUGACAAGGCAAGCCCAUUCUACCAAAUGGCUGUGGACACUCUGCAUCAGCAGGACUUUGAGUUAGUGGUGUUUUUGGAUGGCACAGCUGAGUCCACCAGCUCUUCCUGCCAAGUCAGGACUUCAUACCUCCCUCGGGAAAUCAUAUGGGGCUACAAGUUCCUCCCCAUUGUCUCACGCAGUAAAGAGGGCAAAUAUCGCAUAGACUUCUCCAACUUUGACAAAGUGGAACCUGUACCAACUGCUCACUGUGCAUACUGCUACCAUGAUUUGAAUGGCCACCAUAACUUCUCCAAAGAUGGGGUCGAUAACGCAGGUUUUGAAGUGAUUGAAAUUGACAGUCAAGUCAAUCAGUCAUGUUCUGUGAAUACAUGAAUGGCACAUGUUUAUGUUUGAUUUAAUUGUGGGAGACACUUUGUAAUAAGGGGCUAUAAAAGUGGUAUGAGCAAAAGACACAAGUUGUAACUAUGAAGUGAAAUGUGUAGCCAAAAAUGGAAAGCAUAAAGUGUCUAUUAUAUUCUAAUGAAAUAUGAUUGUGUAUCAUAAUUGCUGAAACACAAAUUGGCAAAAGCUUCCAUCAAUAGCUUUAAAUUGUUUGGUCCUUUUUCUUUUCUUUUCUUUUCUUUUUUUAAGUAUACAAUGCAUACUUUGUGGAUCACUGUUUACACUGUAAUAUGUUCCACAUUCUGUUGCAUAAUAAUGUAAAUAUAAAGUAAAUAAGCAAUUUCCACAGACUUUUUUUUUUUUUUUUUUUUAGAAUUUCAGUCAGUAUAUCAGAAGAAUGAACGCAUUUGUCAAUGUUUUCCUGGGGUAUAGAAAUGAGAUUGCACAGCUAUAAAGUCCCUUUGUGAUACAUCGUAAAACAAAAGAGGUUUCAGUACAAAGCCUGUUUCCCUCUGCCAGGACAUUAGGGCUUUUAAGUAUAUAGAUCUUUUAGCCAGAUGACUACAGAUGUACCCAAAUAAACAUUGAAAUGAUUGCAGAAGCACAAAUACUGUAAUGAUCGUUAUCUCUGGAUUUAAAUAUAGGCCUAUAAAAACCCUGUGGUCUGAACUGAAGUCAAUGUCAGCAUGCACAAGUCUAAAAUACAGCAGAAUUUGAAAUGUUCUUCAUGGAGGAGUGUGCAAGUUCUUCCACCUUGUUAGACAUCAGCUUAAGUGAUUAUUGUUGUUAUAUUGAAUUAUUGGACUAAAAUAUGAAAUGUAUCUAAUACUACCAUCAAUAUUUUGAUGAUUCUAUGGAUUAACCUGGCUAGCCCUAACCAGUACUGUUAUAAUCUCCUGUUAUAAAUGGCCUGCUUUACCAUUGCACAUAACUUAAUAUUAAAUCAUUAAUUAAUCCACUGUAACCACUUUGUCUUGGUCAGGGUUGUGGAGGACGCACUGCUGGAAUACAUCCUGGAUGGGUCACUUAGUCUAUUGCAGUGCACUUACCGUUUCCCAACAUUGUGACGGCUUAAUUGUACAAUAAUGAGUAAUCCAGUGUUGAAACUGUAUACAUGUUUAGCAUUGUGUUCAAAACACCUCAUAAUACUGUAUGUCUUAGUUUUUAUUCACAAUAAAGUUUUUCUUUUUCACA